CUAGGAAGCAACAAACCAAUUACUUCUACUUCACUUUGGGUUGAGAGUCUACAUAUUCAUGGAAUCAAUUAGACUAUCAAAAUCUUUUAGUUUCUCUUCACAUUAUAAAAACCUUAGGGUAAUUUUACCUAGGCUUAGAUCAAAGUCUUCAAAUUCAAGCCAAAGUUCUCCAAGAACUCCAAAAUCAUCAAAAAACAUAUCACGACGAAAUUCAUCUAGAGAAGAUGAGUUUAGAGAAGUAUUUCGUCAUUUUGACACCGAUAACGAUGGUAAAAUAUCGGCUUUCGAGCUAAGAGCGUAUUUUGGAUCCAUAGGAGAACACAUGUCACAUGAAGAUGCUCAAGAAAUCGUAGAUGAACUCGAUACGGAUGGUGAUAAUUUCAUAAAUUUUGAAGAUUUUAAGAAGUUGUUGAUGCAAAAAGAAGGAAGUAGUGAAGAGGAUGAAUCCAUAAAGUCAGCAUUUGAGAUGUAUGAACUUGAAAAAGGUUGUGGUCGGAUUACACCUAAAAGUUUACAGAGAGUUUUAAGUCGUUUAGGGGAUUCAAAAUCUUACGACGAAUGUGUUACUAUGAUCCAAGUAUAUGACAUUGAUGGUAACGGGGAACUUGAUUAUCAUGAAUUUCGCCAAAUGAUGACGACUUAAUUAAAAAAAAAAUGAAAGUAAAACAAAUAAAUCAAUAAAAAUAUAAAAUAAAUAAGACCAUGAUAUUGAGUGGCUGAGACAACAAAAAGUAAUGAAAAUCUCAGGACUCGGCAUGUCUAUAAUUAAUUGUUCUUCUUAUGAUUGUAGUUUUGCAACAUAUUUUCUUUUAAAUCCUUCAAAAUAUUAUUUUUGGAACAUCUAUGGAUGAUAAAUUAGAAGAUUUUUUUUGUGCUU